UUGCAGACACGGUCGAGUGCGCAUCGGAACGGCACUUUACGUCUUUGGGCUUACGGGUUACGGGUUACCAACCAGUUCGAUCUCGAUUACGGUUUCGGUGGGGUGUACUCCGCCACCUACUCGAUUGCCCAACUACCGAGAUUCCCAUACCCAUUCAAGUGUCGCAAGUUCAAGUGCGAUUUGGCAAAUUGUUGUAUUUAUUUAAAUUCCAAGUGCUUCUCAAGUGGCCAAGUGAUCGCAUCGCGAGGAUGUUGCAGCACCAUCAGCAGCAGGCUCAAUCGGGUGGCUAUUACGACUACAAUCAGUCCCCCAGUCCGGGCAGUUUGACAAAUGCCGAUUCGCUGAAUACCACUCCGUUUUCAGUCAAGGAUAUACUGAACAUGGUCAACCAAACGGAGGCCUACGAAGGCGCCUACGGGCAUCUCGAUAGUGCGGCCGCUGCCUCGGCGCUCUAUGGCGCCGGCGAGUACCAGCAGCACCUCCAUCAGCAUCCGCAUCAGUACCACAGCCACCAGCAGCAUCACCAAUCCGAGCUGCCGGUCCAGCAGCAGCAAUUGCAUCCCCAGCACUUGGACGAUGGCACCACCAACACGACCACAUCGUCGUCUCUGUCGCCGCUCCUGCCUCCGCCGCCCCAUCAGCUUUAUGGUGGAUACCAGGACUACGGAAUGCCCGCCCACAUGUUCCAGCAUCAUCAUGGGCAUCAUCCCCACCAGAGUUUCCAGCACUCCGCGACGGCCUACAACAUGUCCGCCUCGCAGUUUUACGCCGGAGCCUCGGCGACGGCCUACCAAAGUCCCGCCACCUACAACUACAACUACGGAGGAACCGGAAGCGGAUCGGGAGAGGUUUACGGCGGAGUCACGCCCUCGGUCGUCCCGGUGGGCAUCAAGAGCGAGUACAUACCCACGCCCUAUGUGACGCCCUCGCCCACCCUGGACCUCAACAGCUCCGCGGAGGUGGACAGCCUGCAAACGCCGGCGCAAAAGCUCUGCGGGAAUCCCCUGGCACAGCGUCUCAUGGAGACGGCCAGCAACUCGGCCUCGCUAAGGAGCAUUCACAGCGCCGAGGAGGGUGCCAAGAGAAAGGACAACAGCCAGGUGACCUCCUCGCGCUCCGAGCUGCGCAAAAACAGCAUCAAUGGCACCGGCAGCCAUGGCAGCAACAACGGAUCCUCGAAGCCAAGGAUGAAGCGAAAGCCCCGAGUGCUCUUCUCGCAGGCUCAGGUCCUGGAACUGGAGUGUCGCUUUCGGCUGAAAAAGUAUCUGACCGGAGCGGAGCGCGAGAUAAUCGCCCAGAAGCUGAAUCUUUCGGCGACGCAGGUGAAGAUAUGGUUCCAGAAUAGGCGAUACAAGUCGAAACGGGGUGACAUCGACUGCGAGGGCAUCGCCAAGCAUCUUAAGCUGAAGACCGAACCCCUGCACUCGCCCACCUCGCUGCCCCCGCCGAUUCCCAAUCACGUGAUGUGGCCCCCAACCAUCCAGCAAUCGCAGCAGCAUCAACAGAUCCAGCACAUGCAGUAGUUCGCUCCCAGGACGAAGGAUUCGAGUCUCUAAUUUAUUGCAGUUUCAAGCAGACUAUAUGUUGUAGUUUAA